GUUCGAUUCCAACCGAGCAGCCAGAGAGUUUGCCUCUGCAGAGCCCGCGGUUCGGUGCCCAGAUUUGCCUCACAUUUUGCUGCCUGCGCACGGCGCUUGAUUUAAUUCAGAAAUUCCAACAAAAAAAAAACACCACUACGCGUAUGGAGGAAAUCUAAUUGAAAUGUAGUUGGCGUAACGAUAACAACAACAAAUAAAGGCAAAUGCAAAUAAAAUACAAUAAGUGCAAAAAUUCCCAAAUGGCAAUGUGGAAGUGCAUGCAAAUGUUGAUGGCUUAUGACAAAUGAAAUUAGCCAAUACGAAAAAUCAAAUAAGAAAUACAAAAUAAAAAGUGGUUCCAGCCGAAAACGCCAAAAAUCAAAUACAAGUGACGCGAGAUUUGUGCGUGUGUGUGUUGUGUUUUUUUGUGUUUGCGUGUGUGUGCCUGUACCUAUGUGGAAUAUGCAGAGAGAUUGAGAACUGCCAACAUUGUAACCAGCAAGGAGCAACAGCACCAACAGCAAGAGCAAAAUACAGACACAACAUGGAGCUGAGCAACUUUUCGAAUAACAAGAAGAUGUCACGCGAGGAGCGACGCUACUCGGUGCCACAUGGACCCAAUACACCGCUGCCGCCAGCGGCAUCCGAAGAUCUGCAUGCCUGGUCCAUCUACAGGCAAAAUCUGAACUCUGACUUUACCGAUUCAGCGCUGGGCUCGUCUGAUAAAUCACCGCUGCCAUAUGGAAAUUUCCAGCUACGCGAUACCACAGUUCAAUCCAUUUUGAAUCAUCCGCGCUACGGACCCAAAUCUCCUUUGGGCUCGAACAUGUACACAUAUCUGAAGUUUGGACUGCCGCGCGUCUUUCCACCGAAUGCGGGCUCACAGCGCUCGCAUCGACCGGGUCCGGGGCCAGGACCAGGACCUAUACCGGGCGGCUCCAGCGCUCUGGGCGGCGUUCGUGGCCGCGUGAAUCGUGGCUUCAGGGACAGCUCGGGCGCACCGGCGGGCGCUGGCUCCAGUGGCUACGACAGCAGCGACAAUGAGACGACGCGCAGUCGUGUGCCACCGAAUCUACGGAAGUAUCGCAGCGAGUCCGACUUCCGUGCCAUUGGCGGCAUGCCGCACUCGCGCCCAGAGUCGCGUGCCCAUGGCGGUGUGCCCGCGGCAGCACUGCGUCAGGCCAAUAGCAGAGCGAGCAUUGCAGUGGGCCAGCAUCAUCAUCAUCAGCAGCAGCACCAGCAGCACCAGCAGCUGCAUCAGCAGCACCAGCAGCAGCAGCAGCAGCAGUACAUGAAUGGCAAGCACUACGGCCAUCGCUCGCACAGCGAGGCGGAUCUGCUGGGCGCACAGGGAGGCAUGAGCGCAGACCUGGGCCUGGGCUAUGACUACAACGAGUCGAGGAUCUAUGCGAGCUCCAGGCAUGCGCAGCAGUACGUGCACAGCCGCAAGCAGUCGGGCAUGGGCUUGAUCUAUCCGAACAUCCAGGUGCACUGCCUCGAUGUGAAUCCCUGCCUGCGCGGCGUCUCCAUGCAGGCAAAGGCCGGCGAUCUGUUCGCCAUUAUGGCCACGUCACAGCGCGAGGGCAGCGCCCUGGCCGAGUGCCUGGCCGGACUGAGUGAGCGGCUGGGCGGUGAGAUUCUCAUCAAUGGGCAGCAGGUGAAUCGACACGGCCUGAGGGAGCUGUGCAGCUAUGUGCCAGCGCUGGAGGUGUCCUCCCUCGAUCCGCGCAUGAGUGUCCAGUGCACGCUGAACUUCCAUGCGGCGCUGCGCGGGCCCAUCGAUCGCAGUGACAUCAAGGAGCGCAUGGAUGUGCUCAUUGAGGACCUGGGCCUGAACACCGUGCGCGCCUCGAAUGUCUCCUCGCUGACGCACUCGGAGAAGCAGCGCCUGAGCGUGGCGUGCCAGCUGCUGGCGCAAUCCUCGCUGCUGAUUCUCGAUCAGGUCACCAGCAACAUGGACAUCUUUGACACGUUCUUCCUGGUGGAAUAUCUGCGGCAAUGGUGCAGCGGCGGACGCAUUGUCAUCAUGACUCUACAGCCGCCCACCUUUGAGAUACUUUCCAUGUGCUCCGGCGUGCUGCUGCUGUCCGGCGGACGCACCGUCUUCUCGGGCAGUCGCGCGGACUUACCGCGACACAUGGGCGAGCUGGGCUAUCCGUGUCCGCCGUUCAAGAAUCCAGCGGAUUACUAUUUGGAUUUGGUCACCCUGGAUGACCUGUCAGCGGCUGCCAUGCUGGAGUCCUCCGCACGCAUCGAGUCGCUGGCCAAUGCCUGGGAUCAAAUCAACUCGGAGCCACCGCUGGCCGCACCACCCGCCUCGCUGCCCAACUUUACCCUCAAAGCGGGCUUCUUUGGCCAGAUGAAGGCGCUGAUCAAGCGCUUUGCGGGCUACAAGCAACCAGGAUCGCUGCUCACGUGGAUCAGCAAGCUGAUUGCCGCCGCAGUGCUGUCGCUCUGCAUUGGCUGCAUCUUCUGGGAUGUGCCUGCCUCGGAUCCACAGCUGACCUACAACGAUCGCUUUGGCUAUCAUCAUUGUGUCAUGGUGCUGGUCUACUGGCCGCUGGUCAUGCUCACCAUACGCGACACCCAAGAGGAUCGACGGCAUGCCGAGCGAGACAUUCGCUUGGGCCUGUACUCGCGCAGUCUCUACAUUGUGGUGCAGAGUUUACUGGGCCUAUUUCCCAGUUUGUGCAUUUGGCUGGCAUAUCUGCUGCCGGCACACAGCAUGGCCGGACUGUACACCUAUUCAAACAGCAGCGAUACGGGCAUCUACUUGUACAUGGGCUACAUGCUGCUCUACUUAACGCUGGUGCAAACCCUCGCCCUGUUCUGUGCGCAUCUGUUUCCGUGCAAGGUCUCCGCGAGCAUUGUCAAUGGUUUGAUCAGCCUCGCACUGGCCUCGGUGGGUGGCUAUCUGGUGCAUCCACAGAACCUUUCCAUGUUCUGGUCCUGGCUGCAGCUGGUCUCCCCGGAGCGUUGGCUGCUGCCCGUGCUCGUGCAGGAUGAGUACAGUGCGGAGACGCUGGCCAAUUCGGCUGGACUGCAGCUGUGCCGCAAUAAACAGGUUCAGCAUCAGGAGAUUAUUGUGCAGCAGCCCUGCCCGCCGCCCAACGGCACCCAAGUGCUAGUCGACUUUGAAUUGCUGCCGCAGCAGCAUGUGCUUGAUCCCACGCUCAGCUAUGAGCAGACCACAUCCGUGGCAUUGGUGCUAGCCUCUGUGCUCAUGUUUUGUUUCACCUUCAUCAUCUUUUUGUGCAAUUGUCAAAGAGCCUGUCGGAAGCAGCGCAGUCGGUAGGCUGCUGGAUUUGAAUUUCGAUUUGGAACUGUAGCUGAAUCUGGUUCUGAACUGGUUCUUCGAUCUGUGUACAUUCACUAGCAAACUGAAACUGUAGCUGGAUCUGGUUCUUCGAACUGUGUACAUUCGCUGGAAAACUGGAACUGUAGCUGGCUCUGAACUGGUUCUUUGAACUGUGUACAUUCACUAGCAAACUAAUUCUUGAUAAAUAAAUAGUGUUUAGUCGA